CCGGCUCGCUUCCCACCCGCGUCUCCGGGAAGAUCAAGAUGGAAGAGAUCCUGAGGAGGCUGCAGAAGGAGGCGUCCGGGAGCAAGUACAAAGCCAUCAAGGAGAGCUGCACCUGGGCCCUCGAGACUCUCGGUGGCCUAGACACCAUUGUCAAGAUCCCUCCCCAUGUGCUGAGGGAGAAAUGCCUGCUGCCUCUCCAGCUGGCAUUGGAAUCCAAGAAUGUGAAACUGGCCCAACAUGCGUUGGCAGGCAUGCAGAAGCUUCUGUCAGAGGAGAGGUUUGUUUCCAUGGAAACAGACUCUGAUGAGAAGCAGCUGCUCAAUCAGAUCCUGAAUGCCGUGAAAGUGACGCCUUCGCUCAAUGAAGACCUGCAGGUGGAAGUGAUGAAGGUUUUACUGUGCAUCACCUACACCCCAACAUUUGACCUGAAUGGGAGUGCUGUGCUGAAGAUCGCUGAGGUGUGCAUCGAGACCUACACGUGCAGCUGCCACCAGCGAAGCAUCAACACCGCUGUGCGCGCCACCCUCAGUCAGAUGUUGGGUGACCUGACUUUACAGCUGCGACAGAGGCAGGAGAACACGAUAAUUGAAAACCCAGACAUCCCACAGGACUUCAGGAGUCAAGGGUUAACAGUGGAGGCCCUCUGUGACGACGUGGUCUCUGUCCUCGCCGUCAUGUGUGAGAAGCUGCAAGCCUCCAUCAAUGACAGCCAGCAGCUACAACUUCUGUACCUGGAGUGCAUUCUGUCCGUGCUCAGCAGCUCCUCCUCCUCCAUGCACCUGCACAGGGGCUUCACAGACCUCAUCUGGAAAAGCCUGUGCCCUGCUCUCAUUGUGAUCCUGGGGAACCCCAUUCAUGACAAAACCAUCACCUCUGCGCAUAGCAGCAAUACCAGCGCAAGCAUGGAGUCAGACUCUGCCUCUCCAGGCGUGUCUGACCAUGGCCGGGGCUCUGGCUGCUCGUGCACCGCUCCAGCCCUCAGCGGGCCCGUGGCUCGCACCAUCUAUUACCUGGCAGCUGAGCUGGUGCGGCUGGUGGGGUCGAUGGACUCCAUGAAGCCCGUGCUCCAGUCCCUCUAUCACCGUGUGCUGCUGUAUCCCCCACCCCAGCACCGCGUGGAAGCCAUCAAAAUCAUGAAAGAGAUACUUGGGAGCCCACAGCGCCUGUGUGAUCUGGCAGGACCUAGCUCUCUGGAGCCAGAACUCAGAAAAAGAUCCAUUUCCAAAAGAAAAUCUCACCUGGACCUUCUCAAACUGAUCAUGGAUGGCAUGACGGAAGCGUGCAUCAAGGGAGGCAUCGAAGCCUGCUACGCCGCAGUGUCGGGCAUCUGCGCCUUGCUGGGGGCCCUGGAUGAGCUCAGCCAGGGCAAGGGCUUGAGCGACAGUCAGGUGCAGCUGCUGCUUCUGCGCCUGGAGGAACUGAGAGAUGGGGCCGAGUCCAGCAGGGACUCCAUGGAGAUCAACGAGGCCGACUUCCGCUGGCAGCGACGAGUGCUGUCCUCGGAGCACACCCCGUGGGAGUCGGGCAAUGAGAGGAGCCCCGACAUCAGCAUCAGUGUCACCACAGACACUGGCCAGACCACUGAGGGAGAGUUAGGGCAGACGACACCUGAGGACCACAAGAAUGGCCUCAAGUCGCCUGCCAUCCAGGAGGGCAAGGAGACACUGAGCAAAGCGUCCGAGCCUGAGGCCAUAGACCAGCCUGAUGUGGUUCAGAGAAGCCACACAGUGGCUUACCCCGAUAUCACCAACUUCCUGUCUGUUGACUGCAGGACCAUCUAUGGCUCUCGGUACAGCGAGAGCAACUUCAGUGUCGAUGACCAAGAUCUGUCCCGGACAGAAUUUGAUUCCUGCGAUCAGUACUCGAUGGCAGCAGAGAAGGACUCUGGAAGGUCAGAUGUGUCCGACAUUGGCUCCGACAACUGUUCACUGGCCGAUGAAGAGCAGACCCCUAGGGACUGCCUGGGGCACCGGUCCCUGAGAACAGCUGCUCUGUCUCUCAAGCUGCUGAAGAACCAGGAAGCUGACCAGCACAGCGCCCGGCUGUUCGUGCAGUCCCUGGAGAGCCUCCUGCCCCGGCUUCUGGCUCUGCCCAGUGUGCAGGAGGUGGACUCAGCCCUUCAGAACUUUGCCUCUACUUUUGCUCAGGGCAUGAUGCACUCGCCUGGCUUUGAUGGGAGCAGCAGCGUGAGCUUCCAGAUGCUGAUGAAUGCAGACAGCCUCUACACGGCUGCGCACUGCGCCCUGCUCCUCAACCUGAAGCUCUUACACGGUGACUACUACAGGAAGAGACCCACUCUGGCACCGGGCAUGAUGAAAGAGUUCAUGAAGCAGAUGCAGAGCUAUGGAGUGCUUGUGGUCUUCUCUCAGGCCUGGAUUGAGGAGCUGUACCACCAGGUGCUGGACAGAAACAUGCUGGGCGAGGCCGGCUACUGGAGCAGCCCGGAGGACAACAGCCUGCCCCUCAUCACCAUGCUGACCGAUAUCGAUGGCUUAGAGAGCAGUGCGAUCGGUGGCCAGCUGAUGGCCUCAGCAUCCACGGAGUCUCCUUUCACCCAGAGCAGGAGAUUGGAGGACUCCACGGUGGCAGGGGUGGCAUUUGCUCGCUACAUCCUGGUUGGCUGCUGGAAGAACCUGAUUGAUACCCUGUCCACUCCCUUGACUGGCCGCAUGGCGGGGAGCUCCAAGGGGCUGGCCUUCAUCCUGGGAGCCGAAGGUGUCAAAGAGCAAAACCAGAAGGAGCGAGACACCAUCUGCAUGAGCCUAGAUGGGCUGCGGAAAGCAGCGAGGCUGAGCUGUGCACUAGGAGUUGCUGCUAACUGCGCAUCAGCCCUUGCCCAGAUGGCGGCUGCCUCCUGUGUCCAGGAAGAAAAAGAAGAACGGGAGGGGCAAGAAACCAGUGAUGCCAUCACCCAAGUGAAACUAAAAGUGGAGCAGAAACUGGAGCAGAUGGGGAAGGUGCCGGGGGUGUGGUUGCACACGGCCCACGUCCUGUGCAUGGACGCCAUCCUCAGCGUAGGCCUGGAGAUGGGAAGCCAUAACCCGGACUGCUGGCCACACGUGUUCAGGGUGUGUGAGUAUGUGGGCACGUUGGAGCACACCCACUUUAGUGACAGCACCUCGCAGCCGCCUCUGACCAUCAGCCAGCCCCAGAAAGCAGCUGGGGGCUCUGGACUUCUUGUGGAUUUCAAGUGUGAGGACUCAUCUCAGGAGCAGAGCCUGGAGCAGGGACCCUCCCUGAGCCCAGUCCCAGUAGUCCAGCCCCUCUCCAUUCAAGAACUCAUCCGGGAAGGCAGCCGGGGCCGGGCCUCAGACUUCCGCAGUGGCAGCCUUAUGACUGGGAGCAGCGCUGCCAAGGUGGUGCUCAGUCUCUCCACCCAGGCUGACAGGCUCUUCGAAGACGCUACAGACAAGUUGAACCUCAUGGCUUUGGGAAAUUUCCUGUAUCAGCUGAAGAAAGCAUCACAGUCCCAGCUUUUCCAUUCUGUCACAGAUACGGUUGACUACUCCCUGGCCAUGCCAGGAGAAGUUAAGUCCACCCAGGACCGAAAAAGUGCUCUCCACCUGUUCCGCCUGGGAGAUGCCAUGCUUAGGAUCGUGCGGAGCAAAACACGGCCCCUGCUGCACGUGAUGCGCUGCUGGAGCCUGGUGGCCCCCCAUCUGGUGGAGGCCGCCUGCCACAAGGAAAGACACGUGUCUCAGAAGGCUGUGUCCUUCAUCCAUGACAUCUUGACAGAGGUCCUUACCGACUGGAAUGAGCCACCCCACUUCCACUUUAACGAAGCCCUCUUCCGACCAUUUGAGCGUAUUAUGCAGCUGGAGCUGUGUGAUGAAGAUGUCCAAGACCAGGUCGUCACAUCCAUCGGGGAGCUGGUUGAGGUGUGUUCCACGCAGAUCCAGUCUGGGUGGCGGACAUUGUUCAGUGCCCUGGAAACAGUGCACAGCGGGAACAAGGCUGAGAUGAAGGAAUACCUGGUUGGUGACUACUCCAUGGGAAAAGGCCAAGCUCCGGUGUUCGAUGUGUUUGAAGCUUUUCUCAAUACCGACAACAUCCAGGUGUUUGCGAAUGCAGCCACCAGCUACAUCAUGUGCCUUAUGAAAUUUGUCAAGGGACUGGGGGAGGUAGACUGUAAAGAAAUUGGAGAUUGUGUCCCUGGGCCAGGAGUGACGUCCACAGACCUGUGCCUCCCCGCCCUGGACUACCUCAGGCGCUGCUCGCAGUUAUUGGCAAAAAUCUACAAAAUGCCCUUAAAGCCAAUUUUCCUGAGUGGACGACUUGCUAGCUUGCCUCGAAGACUUCAGGAGCAAUCGGCGAGCAGUGAGGAUGGAAUUGAAUCAAUCCUCUCUGAGUUUGAUGAUGAGACAGGCCUCAUAGAAGUUUGGAUCAUCCUGUUGGAGCAGCUCACGGCAGCUGUGUCUAACUGUCCACGCCAGCACCAACCACCGACUCUGGAUUUACUUUUCGAACUGUUAAGAGAUGUCACCAAAACACCCGGACCAGGGUUUGGAAUCUAUGCAGUUGUUCACCUUCUCCUUCCUGUGAUGUCCCUUUGGCUCUGUCGUAGCCAUAAAGAUCACUCCUACUGGGAUGUGGCCUCUGCUAAUUUCAAGCAUGCCAUUGGUCUGUCCUGUGAGCUGGUGGUGGAACACAUUCAAAGCUUCCUACAUUCAGACAUCAGGUAUGAGGGCAUGAUCAACACCAUGUUAAAGGACCUGUUUGAGUUGCUGGUGGCCUGUGUGGCCAAACCCACGGAAACCAUCUCCCGAGUGGGCUGCUCCUGCAUUCGGUAUGUGCUGGUGACCGCGGGCCCUGUGUUCACUGAGGAGAUGUGGCGGCUGGCCUGCUGUGCCCUGCAGGACGCCUUCUCUGCCACCCUCAAGCCGGUGAAGGACCUGCUGGGCUGCUUCCACAGUGGCACCGAGAGCUUCAGCGGGGAGGGCUGCCAGGUGCGAGUGGCAGCCCCGUCCUCUUCCCCCAGUGCUGAGGCUGAGUACUGGCGCAUCCGAGCCAUGGCCCAGCAGGUGUUUAUGCUCGACACUCAGUGCUCACCCAAGACUCCAAACAACUUUGAUCAUGCUCAGUCCUGUCAGCUCAUCAUUGAGCUGCCUCCUGACGAGAAGCCAAACGGACACACCAAGAAAAGCGUUUCUUUCAGGGAGAUCGUGGUGAGCUUGCUGUCGCAUCAAGUGUUACUACAGAACCUGUACGACAUCCUAUUAGAAGAAUUUGUCAAAGGUCCUUCUCCUGGUGAGGAAAAGACCAUCCAAGUGCCGGAUACCAAGCUGGCAGGCUUCCUCAGAUACAUCUCCAUGCAGAACUUGGCCGUCAUCUUUGACCUGCUGCUGGACUCCUACAGGACAGCCCGGGAAUUUGACACGAGCCCGGGACUCAAGUGCCUGUUGAAGAAGGUGUCUGGCAUCGGGGGCGCUGCCAACCUCUACCGCCAGUCUGCCAUGAGCUUCAACAUUUACUUCCACGCGCUGGUGUGCGCCGUGCUCACCAACCAAGAGACCAUCACAGCCGAGCAGGUGAAGAAGGUCCUGUUCGAGGACGAGGAGCGAAGCUCCGAUUCCUCCCAGCAGUGCUCCUCAGAGGAUGAAGACAUCUUUGAGGAGACAGCCCAGGUGAGCCCCCCACGGGGCAAGGAGAAAAGGCGCUGGCGGGCACGCCUGCCCUCGCUCAGUGUGCAACCGGUGAGCAAUGCGGACUGGGUGUGGUUGGUCAAGCGGCUGCACAAGCUGUGCAUGGAGCUGUGUAAUCACUACAUCCAGAUGCACCUGGACCUGGAGAGCAGCCUGGAGGAGCCGCCCGUCUUCAAGAGCGACCCCUUCUUCAUCCUGCCCUCCUUCCAGUCCGAGUCGUCCACCCCAUCCACCGGCACGGGCGGCUUCUCGGGCAAGGACACGCCUUCAGAGGAUGACCGCAGCCAGCCCCGCGAGCCCCUGGGCGAGCCCCUGAGCCUCAGGCUGGGCAGUGGGGACCUGCUGAUGCCUCCCCUCAGCCCCAAGGUGGAGAAGAAGGAGCCUGGCCGCAAGAAGGAGUGGUGGGAGAAUGCCGGGAAUAAGAUUUACACCAUGGCCGCCGACAAGACCAUUUCCAAGUUGAUGACGGAAUACAAGAAGAGAAAGCAGCAGCACAAUCUGCCCACCUUCCCCAAGGACGUCAAGGUGGAUAAGAAGGGAGAGCCACUGGGACCCAGGGGCCCAGACUCCCCACUGCUCCAGAGACCCCAGCAUUUGAUGGACCAAGGGCAGAUGCGCCAUUCCUUCAGUGCUGGCCCCGAGCUGCUGCGACAGGAGAAGAGGCCCCGCUCGGGCUCCACCGGGAGCUCACUGAGCGUCUCCGUGAGGGAUGCGGAAACCCAGAUCCAGGCAUGGACCAACAUGGUGCUCACAGUUCUCAAUCAGAUUCAGAUCCUUCCGGACCAGACCUUCACUGCCCUCCAGCCAGCAGUGUUCCCGUGCAUCAGCCAGCUCACCUGCCACGUGACCGACAUUAGAGUUCGCCAGGCUGUGAGGGAAUGGCUGGGUCGGGUAGGCCGUGUCUAUGACAUCAUCGUGUAGACGACCUGGAGUCCAUGCUCAAGAAAACAGGAGAGCAAGGGUGAGAAUCUGCCUGCCAGCCCAACUGAUUGCAUUUCUCCACCACCAGCCCCACUGAAACUAGAUCUCAGAGAACUUCAUUUUCUGAAACCUAGUUAUACAAAGCCUUUCCAGCCCCUCUGUAGCUGAUCAGCCUUAGUCUGUUGAGGAUACCGAGGUGAUAACCGUCAACACAAAUGAUCUUCUGAUUUUGCACAUUACAAGAGUCACCGUUCCCUAAUACAUUUUUAAAUCCUGAAGUUAAUUUCCAAGUGCUUUUGCUUGCAAUGUUGUCCUCAGAUGGGACAUUUUUCAGGACCACUCCUCCAAGAGCACUACAUUGAUCCAUUUGAUCCAUCGCUUAAAAUUAAUGCAAUCCCUAAGAAAAUAUCUGCUGGUAUGUCAAGCUAAUACAUAAACCCUCAGACAUCUAGUAUCAGAUGUUACUAACUGGAAGAAAAUUUAUAGUGUGGUUAUGGGUUUGGCUGGGAAGAAAACAGCUGUAACAUGUAUUGUUAGCAUCAUAAUCAAGAAACGACUUCCAUCAGAAAACAAUCCAGAGCAUUUCAAUAUUAUUCUAAGUUGUUAAGCUUUUCAGGUUACUAUUUAUCAACUUCCCCACGUGUAAGGUACAAGUGUGCCUUUAUUUCUCUAUUUCUAAAGGAAAAAAAUUCUUUCCUAUGGGGUUUUAAGUCUGUGGCUUGUCAAGCCUUGAGCACAGGCACUCAGUGGUAUUGGCUAACAUAUUUAUUGUGAAAAGACGCAAGACUGCCCAUCUAGUCUGUGUGUCUCAUUAGUCUGGUUCCACUCCCAGGACAGACAAGGAAAGGAAAGAAAAAAUGGUGCCUUAGUCUUUCAUUGCACAACAUUUCUGGGUCCCACAGUUAUCCUGAUGUUAAAGUACAAUACUUGGCUUUUAAGAGGAUAAAUAUGCAGAUGCAAUUUAUUUUAUAUCACUAUCCUUGAAGGAAAGGAACACAUCCAGUAAGAAAACUUCUCAGGGAAAGGGGCAUGAAGUUCCAGGAGACGGCUGGAAGGGGUGGGAUAAGGGAUUGAGAUAGAAUCUUGCAAUUCUUAAAAUCUGACACAACAAUUGUGAAAUUCUGGUGUCAGCUAUACAAGCUCUAUACUCAGAAGAAGCUAGGAGUCAAAGGGAGGGGACACAAUGGACUUCAAAAAACUAAUUUUUUCUACUUAACAAUACUUCUCUCUAGCAAGUAAAUUCACUCUAUAUUUUAAGUCUUUUUAUUCAAACCAAAAUCUUAAGUAGCUUAUUUAUUUCUCUUAGGAAAAGAAAUGAUUAGAAAUGAGUUUGAAACACAUAUUGCAGUAUAUGUGUGGAUGAAUAUGUCUACAUAUGCAUAAAUGUGUGUACAUAUAUAUGUACAUAUAUAUACAUACAUAUAUAUGGGAAUGGCUGGGCUGGAUAUAUACAUAUAUAUGUGUGUAUGUAUAUGUGAUAUACAUGCAUAUCUAUAUAAGUAGUUUUGGGGGGUUGAACCAGGGCCUCACACGUGUUUAAAUAUGUGCUCUACCACUGAUUUAUUCUCUCAGCACAUACAAUGACAUAUUUUCUAUUUCUUACGUAGUAAUAACGGCUGAACCUUUUCAGUCAAGCCCACUUACAUACCUUAUAGAGGGUAGAAUUCAUUCCUCUUCAGCAUAUGCGGUAAUUUUCCAGUGCCUGAAAAUGUAUUCCCAUGGCCUCAUUUAAAAAUUCUUUAGCUUGAAGCAAGGAUUUAAAAUAGAUUGACCUUUAUCCAGUGAUGGUAAACUUUGCCCUCCUUUACAACAAUCUACCAACUCUCUACAAAGUUAAGAGCAAGGCAAGGCCCUCUGACUUCUCUAGGUGAUCCAGAAGAAAACCAUCUAAGAGAUCUCUACAGAAUCUAAAGGAUGCAUUUCUAGUUUUAUAAAAUAUUCUCUUUGCCUUCAGCUUUCUCUCAUUAGGCAGUAAUUCCAGCUUAGAAACAGAUCAAUCAUUUUUUUUGUAUUUUUGCUGGCCUGAGAAAUGAACCCGGGUCCUCACACAUGCUAGGCAAGUGCUCUACCACUGAACUCAACUCUAUCUCCAGCCCCGAAGUACUUAUUCUUAAGAGAUAAUUCAUCAUUAGGCUGACACCGAGCUGAUUCUAUCUACAACUUUUGAACUUUGUGAAUGGGAUUGGAAUGUCCUUCCUCAACAAAAGCAGUGUGCUGUGGUUGUCUUGUUUCUUUUGGUUUCUCUGAGGUGAGAGUCUUGGUGAGCCUAGGAGUACUUUACAAUUUUCUGGGAGUAAAAGUUACAGCAAAGCAAUAUAUAGAAUUCAAGAAUUCAUAUAAUGGUUUGCACAUAACAAUAUUUCAUAAAGUGCUCCAGAAAUGUACUAAUGUCUAUGGGAAAAUGGAUUCUGAUUUCUAGAUUCUCAAUUAUGAUAUCCAAGGCUAGCUCAUGAAAAUAUGUUUCCCUCAUAGUGUGUCCAAACACUCUUCUUCUGAUGGGUCCCAACAAUAAAUGUGGUAGUGGCAUGGGUCAAAUGGUAGAGCACCUGUCUAUAAAGCAUGAGACCCUGAGUUGAAACCCUGCUGUCACACACACUCACACACACACACACACACACACACACACACACACAGAAUGAAAACACAAUCCAAACAAUGGUGGUCCAUGUCUAUAGUCCCAGCUACUCAGGAAGUAGAGGCAGGAGGAACCUGAAUUUGAGGUCAACCAGAGUAAGGGUACAUGAACCGAUCUCAGACAGACAAAAAGAGAAA